AUGGAGCCGGCCCAGCGCAGCGUGGGGAUGCUCGGCAUUUACGUGUGUGCCAAGUGUGGCCACGAGCUCUUCUCCAGCCGGGCCAAGUACGAGCACUCGUCCCCGUGGCCAGCGUUCACCGAGACCCUGCGCGGCGACAGCGUGGCCAAGCGCGAGGAGCGCCCGGGGGCCUUAAAGGUGACGUGUGGCAAGUGUGGCAACGGGCUGGGCCACGAGUUCCUCAACGAUGGCCCCAAGAAGGGCCAGUCCCGCUUCUGAAUAUUCAGCAGCUCGCUGAAGUUCCUCCCGAAAGGUAAAACUGACAACGACCUGAAGGAGAAUUAAGCGAGCUGCUGCGCCUGGCACUGCCCUGGGCUAAUCCUGCCUUCACUCCUUGGGAUGCACUGCCCUGCCAAGGGGACCCACAACAGGAGGAACCCCGAGGAAACUCCUUCUUCAAGUUUUCCCCUCAAUUUCCCCAUCACGGUUUCCCCUUGGUUUCCCUGCCAAGGUUUAAUUCCCUGAUUUCCCUGUCACGGUUCCCCCCUGGUUUCCCUGUCACGGUUCUCUCCCAGUUUCCUUGGUGCAGUUCCUCCCUGGGGCUGUUCCAGCUCCAUGCAAGGAGCUCCUGUGCCUGUGCUGAGCUCUGGGGAGGGUUUGCUGCUGAGCUCAGCCGAGGCAGGACAUUGUCCAGAUCCCAGGCAGGCUCUGAUGCAAUCCCAGGCGGCUCCGCUGGCAUUUCCAGGGAGUAACACGGGAUGAGCCGAGGUCAGGGUCUGGGUUAAUCCCUGGAGCUAUUCUGGGCUGGGAUCAUGGUGUGAACUGCCCUAUAUAAACCUUUCCAGGGUGCUGGGGCAGGGAUGUUUUAUGGUCCCACUGGGUUUUCAUCCAGGGGUUUUCCCCCUCUGCCCACCUUGCACACGGCAGAGACGGCUCCACCUCGGUGUCCUCGGCUCUGCCCUGGCAUUAUUCCUGAUCCAGCACCGUGCAAUAAAUUCCAGGGGCUCUCAGGUUCCUCCUGGCCGUGCCCUGCUGGGAGGGAGGCUGGGAUUGAGCCCAUGGACUGCUCUUGGCACUGCUCAGGCUCUGGGAAUCGCGGCUGCGCUGCCUCAACGCUCCCAAGGGCUGCCACGCUGAUCCUCCUUAAUUCAGUGCCUGAUUCGUGGCCUUCCCUCCCCAUCCCAAAUCCAAAUCCUCUGGAAUGGAUACACAAGGAUCUCUAAAGAGGGGAAAGGCUGUUGCUGGCCCCUGGGGUUUAGAGGACACGUUGGGGGUGUUCCUCUCCAAUCCCACGGACCCGAGGGCACCGGGGGAAGUUUGUCACACCAGGGAAGUUUGUCAUUCCCCAGGGAUCACUGCUGGUCUUGUACCUCUCCAUGCUGAAAAUAAAGCACUGAUUCACUGUG